CGAGGGGCAACCUUCCUCCUUUUUCUCUUUUCGACACCCGACUUGUCGAAUUGGGUCGACUUUCCAGUUUAUCUUCCGCUAAAUUUAUUUGAUCGUCAUGUCGUCUCCACACCGCCAGAGGGUACGCCUGUCAGCCGCUUUCCUCCUCGAACCGACCGCACCCACUUUACACAGGCGGGAGCGGCGAGAGGUGGCGUCCGGUAUCUCUUCUUCCACGGCAUUUCCGUCGAGGAGAGGGAGGAGGCGGCGACUCCAGGCGAACAGCUCCGGGAGCGGCGAAGUGGGGAGGUGUUAUCUGCUGCCGUCGCCGGAACAGCUCAUCUGUUGCCGGGGGCGCGGAGACAGUAGCAAGGUGAGACGAAAGGCGAAGACGAAGAGGAUCAGGCACACGGUUUUCGAGUCCGUGUCUACGAUGGCGGCCAUGAUGGUCGUGCUGUUGCUGGCGCUUCUCCAGCUUGCCGUUCCUGGACUUGCUCAAAGUCCGCCAUCUGGCACGGUAAAGAUCGAGAGUUUCAGCUAUUCUGGCACUGGGUGUCCACCUGGAAGUUUCAGGGCCGUAGCCUCCGCAGACGGAUCGGCGUUCGUUUUAGUUUUCUCCAACUUCAGCGCGUUCACCCCAGGAAGUCCAGCUGACCGGCAGAAACACUGCCAAGUGGGCGUCAACAUGAUCUAUCCUGCUGGGUUCGUGUAUACUCUGGAGACUGUGACACACAGCGGGUACGCCAUCUUAGAGGAAGGCGUCGAGGGUUCACUGGAAACCGAGUACUUCUUCUCAGAUAUCCCAGGGACAGUCACAACCUUGCGAGAGUUGCCUCCUCCCUCGAACGACGGGUUUAAGCUCACCGACCAGUUCUCAACAUUUGUCUAUCCACCGUGUGGCAGUGAGUUGGUGACGCUCAAUAUCAAUGCCGUGUUAACAGUAGUAUCUCCAGCCCCGCCGAGGAAUAACAACGCGGGCUCGAUCGUCAUCGACGACCAGGAUUUUACUCUGCAGUGGAAGAAGUGCUAAGGGCAUACUCGUACUAAAGCGUUUCUGGAGCAUCUGGCGGCAAAUGCAGCGAGAUCCAGUUCAGAAAGUCGUAAUGUGAGCAGUGCCGAAGCUGAGUUAACCAGGCGUCAACAACAGGGCGGGAGGUCGUUCGACAUCAGCAAGCUACUUGGAGAGAAGCAGAAUGAGCGACGGGGAGGGGCUCAGCAUGGCGACAUCACUGACAGAGGGGAUCGGACGUGUGUGUGUACAAACGAUCAUUGUAAUUAGUGGAUUAAUGUAUAGGUCCACAGCUGCAUUGUAUUGUCCUUUGCUGAUGGAGCUCAAUAGAAAGCCUAGCCAGUUGUGGAACUGGUCAGUCAACGAUCAUUGUAAUUAUAUAUAGUACGUAUUUAAUGUUGGGCAGGCGAGCGAGUUUCCACGCCAUGUAAUUUCGAAACGUGAAAAAGAAUACGCUGGCAUGUAGCACUUCCAGUGGUGGGGAAGACCCCAAGCCGAGUGCGAGAACUGUUGCGCAAAGAUGAAGUAGAUGGGCGUAGCGAACAGCAAGGCAUACUACUUAGUGCUCUCUCUCUCUCUCUCUCUCUCUCUCUCUCUCUCUCUCUUUUGUUCGCUAGCUGUCUUGGUCGUUCGCUUGCUCCAUGUGUUCGUGUGUGACGCACAUUUUCAGAGUGCGAGUCGACACCGACAGGAGUAUCUCGACCGCGGAGGAACGAAGUGGGAUAUUAGCGGGAAUAUGAAGAAUCGUCUUUUACAAUGUGAAUUCCUGCAUAUGUUAAAUUUCUUGAAAUUGGAGCGUAGUGCCUUGUAUCGAAGUGUUCGCGUGCCCCCCCACUGUCAUUAUUGGAGUCCUUCUGUGCGCAGCACGAGUUGAUUGGUUUCCUUAGAGUGUAUGCUUUGCUCUUCCCAGAAAUUGGUAUGAGCCUUUUUUUGUGUUUCCGCUCGCUGGUUCUCGAUCUCAUGGCGCUACUGUCUCUCAGCGCUUUUUUAACGAAUAGACACACUUAGCCUUUGUACUCGCUUGGGCGUGAACGCCCGGCACGAAGAGUAAAUGGAAUUCUCCGCC